ACAAACUCUUUCUUUCUCUCACCCUCUAUCCCCCAAACACCCCCCCUCUCCUCCUCCCUCCCUCCCUCCCUGUUUGGGGGCUUCAUUUGUUAUACUGUAUUAUAUGAUCUACUUUUCUUUUUCUAUGAAUCAAAGGGAGACAUUACUGACUUGGCUGUAAGUUCGAACAAUGCUUUGGUGGCAUCUGCUUCAAAUGACUUUUCCAUUCGAGUUUGGCGUUUGCCAGAUGGAUUUCCAAUUUCAGUUCUUCAGGGGCAUACUGGGGCUGUGACUGCUAUUGCUUUUAGUCCCAGGCUUAGUGCUGUUUACCAACUUCUAUCGUCAUCAGAUGAUGGGACUUGUCGAAUCUGGGAUGCUAGGUCCUCCCAAUGCCCGCUGCGAAUAUACAUGCCAAAACCUUCAGAGACUUCAACUGGGAAGAGCAAUGCUAUUACAAUCACUGGAUCCUCCUCGAGCAAUGGUCCACAGAGCCAUCAAAUACUUUGUUGUGCUUACAAUGCCAAUGGGACUGUUUUUGUCACUGGUAGCUCUGACACUUUUGCAAGGGUCUGGAAUGCUUUAAAAUCUAAUACUGAUAACUCAGAACAACCAAUACAUGAGAUGGAUGUACUGGCGGGCCAUGAGAAUGACGUGAAUUAUGUCCAAUUCAGUGGUUGUGUCAUUCCUUCAAAGUCUUCAUUUUCUGACUCGGUCAAGGAGGAGACUAAUGGGAAGUUCAAAAAUUCCUGGUUUUGUCACAACAACAUAGUUACCUGCUCUCGUGAUGGCAGUGCCAUUAUAUGGGUUCCAAGAUCACAUAAAUUCCAUGGAAAAGUUGGACGUUGGACACGUGCAUAUCAUCUAAAAGUUCCACCUCCCCCACUGCCUCCUCAGCCUCCUCGAGGAGGCCCACGUCAAAGAUUUCUUCCCACCCCUCGUGGUGUUAACAUGAUUGUGUGGAGCCUGGAUAACCGCUUUGUGCUUGCAGCUAUCAUGGAUUGCAGAAUUUGUGUUUGGAAUGCUGUUGAUGGUAGCUUAGUACAUUCUUUAACUGGUCACACUGCAUCGUCUUAUGUUUUGGAUGUUCAUCCCUUCAAUCCUCGAAUUGCUAUGAGUGCUGGGUAUGAUGGGCAAACAAUAGUUUGGGAUAUAUGGGAGGGCGUGCCUAUUAAGAUAUAUGAACUUGGACACGUAAAGUUGGUUGAUGGGAAGUUUUCGGCGGAUGGUACAUCAAUAGUACUUUCAGACGAUGUUGGCCAAAUAUAUUUAAUAAACACAGGUGAAGGUGAGUCUCAAAAAGAUGCUGAAUAUGAUCAGUUCUUCCUUGGGGAUUAUCGCCCCCUUGCACGGGAUGAGUUUGGAUAUCUUAUUGAUCAGGAGACACAACUUUCCACUUACCGGAGGAAUCUUCAAGAUCCUCUAUGUGAUUCAAGUAUGAUACCAUACCCCGAACCUUAUCAGAGUACAUACCAGCAACGAAGACUUGGUGCUCUGGGCAUGGAAUGGCGUCCAUCAUCCAUGAAAUUUUCUGUUGGUGUGGAUAUCAAUACAGGCCAAGAAUAUAUGAUGCCUCCUUUGCCAGAUUUGGAGAGAAUGAUCGAACCACUACCAGAUUUUAUUGAUGCCAUGUUAUGGGAACCAGAAAAUGAGGUUGUAAGUGAAGAUACUGAUUCGGAGUAUAAUGUUACUGAUGAAAAUUCCAGUGAAGGGGAGAAAGGAAAUAUUAGCACCAGUUCUUCUAGUGAUCCAGACUGCAGCGAAGAAGACAGUGAAGCUGGAUGCAGUCAUAUUCGUCGAUCAAGGAGAAAAAGACCAAGGGUUGAGUCUUCUGAGAGGCGUGUCAAGAAAAGGAGAGUGGGUGAGCAUGAUCGCAUUAUAUCUGGGAUUAAAAGAACUAAAAAUUCAAAAGGUGGCCAGAAAGUUUCAAAGAGGAAGUCUUCUAAAGCAAAGACAUUGAGAUCCCAGCGAGUAGCAGCACGCAAUGCUCGAACUGUGUUUUCUCAGAACCCUGGAACAUCUACAGAAGGAGAAGAUGAUUGGGAAGAUGAUUCAUCUAAUAGUGAGUCUCUUCAGCAAGAAUUCCACACUCAAAGUGAUGAUGGGGACUUCCAGAUAAUGCAACAAAACCAUACUAAAGAAGAACCAUCUCGACAUGGGUUUAUCAAUAUAGCGAAGCCACGUGUAGUUUGUUCGUCUCAGUCAAACGUCAGAAGCAUGCCGAAAUUGGUUUUUAAGAUUAAGAAGCAAGAGGCUCCAAGGGAUGUAAAACUCAAAGAUAAUAAUCAGGCUGAUUUGGUGUCUCCAUCUUCUAGAUAUCAAGAUAUCACUCCAGAUAACAGGAUUAUUAACAGCUCUGUGGAUCCAGAUUCCUUUUCGGUGGAUGUGGUUGACCUAAAGUUUUCAAGAAAUCUCAUAGCCAAUGAUUUGACAGAUACUGGGGAAACUGUAAAGACAGAGAAUUCUUUGGAAGCAUCCACAAGUUACCAGGAUAGCAGAGUCAGAUUGGAAGCAGCUACUGGGUCGCUUGCUAGUUUUAAUGUCCAUAUAGAAGAGAUGAAUAAUGUCCAUCGGGAUGAGGAACAUACUGGAACACGUGCAUUUGAAGAUCUGGAUGGUCUCAAAAGUAGAGAGCUUUCUCAUACUGAAGAGGCCCUUGUAUCUUCAUCAUUUGAUUCCCCCGCUUUGGGCGAGCACAAACAAAAAGGAAUUGAGGGUUCUUCGGAGAUAGAGGAGUUUGUUACAAGAAAGCACUCUGGUGAUUAUGCUUCUCUUAAAUUUCCUGCACAAAACUCCACAAGUUCUAGAGAUUUAAUCCCCAACGAUUCUUCAAGCAUGGAUCCAAAUUCAAAUUUUGGGGUAAGGAAAGUGGGUGGAGGUGCUGGCAGAUCAACUUCUUUGAAGUUUGUUUGCAAGCACAGGACUAAUUCAGAAGGUUCUGGUGGUAAUGUCAAAGAAUAUGCAACAAAUAUCAACGACCAUCAUGAUUCAGGAAUGGAUCUCCCCGCUGCUGCAACCAAUGCUAUACGCGGAACAAGAACCUUUAAGAUCAAAGCAACUUCACGGAAGGUGGACUCUCUGAGCUGUAGCCCUAAGUUGAGAUGGGGCCACCAAACAUUGGGGACAUCAAAGGAUGCAGAAGACUCCUGUGCUAAAUUGUGUGACCAGAUUCAUCAAAGACCAAAGUCUACGAGAAGUCAUCAGGGUUCAUGUAAUGACUAUGGCCAAAGUUCUUCAACCCGAAGCAUGUUAGUUAACCCCGCUGGAAAGUUGCCAUGGUUGAUGUUGUCAAAACAUGAGGAUGGUUACCGUUAUAUUCCUCAGCUAGGUGAUGAAGUUGUAUACCUGAGACAGGGCCAUCAAGAGUAUCUAAAACUAGUCAAGAAUUCAGAGGAGGGUCCUUGGGGUCCUUGGGAAUCAAUUAAGGAAAACAUCAAAGUUGCGGAAAUUUGCAAGGUUGAAAGCCUCGAUUAUGCUUCACUGCCUGGUUCGGGGGAGAGUUGCUGUAAAAUCAAACUUAGAUUUGUAGACCCUUCUUCUGCUAUCCUUGGUAAAGCAUUGAAGUUGACUUUGCCUGAAAUUGAUUUUAAUGAUUUCAUUGUUGAGAAAACGUGGUAUGAUGCUUCUAUUGGAAGAAACUGGACCACUGGGGAGGAAUGCGCAGUUUGGUGGAGGGAUUCAAUUUCAGAUGAAGGUGGGACUUGGUGGGUAGGUCGAAUUGUUCGGUGCCAGGCCAAGUCACAUGAGUUUCCCGAUAGCCCUUGGUUAAGAUAUGAGGUUCGGUAUGAGAAUGAUGAUGAAACCCAUUUGCAUUGUCCUUGGGAAUUGCGUGGACCGUCCAUAGUAGAUGAUCCAUCCUCAUGCGAACAGCCCCAUAUUGAUUCUGAAAGCAAAGAGAAGCUUCUGUGUAUUUUUUCUAACUUACAACAGAAGGACUUGCAAACAAUCCAACAAUUGAAUCAAGCUGUUCAGAAGGCGGAUUUCUGCAACAGCUUUCCUGUGCAAUUGUACCCUGAACUAAUCCAGUCGAGGUUAGAGAACGACUAUUAUAGAAGCUUGGAAGCUGUGAAGCAUGAUAUAAUGGUUAUGAUGUCAAAUGCCCAGCAUUACUUCAAGAGAAAUGAAUUGCAAGCCCGGAUUAAGCACAUCUCGAAAAGGUUUAAGAAGAAACUGUCAAAGUUGUAGAGGUUUUGAGUAGAGAAGAUCUAACCGUCUUCCUUGCUCCCGUAUACAGCUCUCUCUCUCUCUCUCUCUCUCUCUCUCUUCAAUUUUGUAUUUCCCGGCUUUAGGGCCGGUUGUUUCAUUUUGAGGUAAAGCAGUCCUUCCGAAAGGGGAGUGAAAACCACAGGCCGAAGGAGAUAAUUUGUUGUAUAAACUCCUUCAAGAUGACAAGUAUGAUGAGUCUCAUAUGGGCAACAUAGCAUGUCAGCUGUUUGGAAUUUUACUAUAACAAGUUAGGACCACAGAAAAAAUAGGAGAAUUCUACACAUACAAAAUGUUCUUCUGUCAAAUAAUGCCCCCAUUUAUAUCAUUUUUAUUUUACACCUUCUGGCA